AUGCACGCGUCCACUUGUCAAGAGGUGAAGACCAGUCGAGCAAUAAAGAGAGCUGAGGAUGGACGUCCAAAUGAGAAUGAGAGUGCACUUUCUUCUGUCUCCGUCUCUUGUUCUGAGUAUAAGUUCUCCUUCCACAUCUUCAUCUCCGUGUCCCCGCUUCCCAGCAGCACGGCCUUCUCAGCAGGCACCGAUACUCUUCUGCGCAUCAAGGAAGCCAGGACAGUAGUGCAGCGAUUUACAGUUAUGGCGGCGGCGACAGCAGUAGUAGGAAUUGCUGACAGGCUUGUGUACUCGGGAGGAUUCAGCGGCAGCAGCUGUCGAAUCGAGAGUACAAAAUCGAGGAAUUUGACCGUAAGAUUCUCGUCUAACACUGCCAAACAUCAAAGCAGCAACAGCAAGAGCAGCAGCAGCAGCAGCGCCAGCUCCUCAUUGCCGUCGAAGAGCCAGGCAGAUGGACCUCCACCGAUUCCUCUGCAUCUAGAACUGAAGCAUCCGGAGAGCAAGGAAGACGCUCUGCAGCUGAACAUGGUCGAGCUCUCGUUAGGGGGCCAGGGACUUCUGUUCGGCUCACGAAUUCCCAAACACUUCUUUAACAUCCAAGGAUUCGGGCAAACAGACCGGGGCGAUGGCUCGGACCCCUGGGAGACAGGAUCGUACGACUUGGCCCUGGAGGAGGCCGGCAUCCAGGACCUGAACAUCAUGAAGUACACCUCCGUCAUUCCUCCCGAGGCUUCCAAAAUCACCAAGCUCGAAGCUCAGGCUUUCUUCAGGCACGGCGCUGUGAUGGAAGCCAUCAUGAGCACCAUGCACGGAGUGAAAGGGGACCGAAUCACUGCCGGAGUGGGCCGAGUGCAGAUCAGGAGGAAGAAGGAUGGCUACCACAUCGGUGGAUAUGCGGCCGAGUACGAGGGGCAUGCAACCGCCGACAAGGCCCGAGAUAUUCUGAGGUCCGACUUACAGGGCAUUUUUUCUCGACGCUUCCAGCCCGAGGAGUACGAAUGCUUCGACGAGGAGUUCACCAUUCGCUCGGGCGAGGUCGAAAAGGCUUUCGGAACUGUCAUCGCUGCCAUCUGCUUCAGCACUUACGUCUUUCCCGUGUACGUGCAGCAGCAGCAGAACUAA